GGGUGUCGUACUUGGAGGGACUUGACACAUGUGUGUUCAGUACAGCCAGUGCUGAAGAUGAACUGUUAUGAUGUGUCAAUAAGUUAAAAAAAAAAAGGUGGACGGCACCAAUGAUGAGAGGGCCCCCCCGGUACCUGAGCGGGAUAUCAGAGGUCAUCGUCAUUGCAUGACAAAGGCUGUGGCAGAUUCAUCUUCAUCACUCAUACAGCAUUGCCAUAGCUUUUUCUUCUGUGCGGUAGUACCAUGAAGGGCGGAGGAAGGGGAAAGGAGCCACCUGUUGCAGGGGAGGUCACUGGCAAACGCCCCAAACGCAAGUGCCUGCAGUGGCACCCACUUCUCUCCAAAAAGGCUCUUGAUUUCUCUGAGGAGGAGGAAGAGGAGGAUGAAGAGGAGCUGGAGAAGCAGCCAGUGCUGUGUGGCCAGGAUCAGGAGUCACAGGUGCAGUGUGGAAGCACAACAGAGGAAGUGGAGGAGGACUCGAAUGAACAGCGGGCACGGCGGCCGAUGAAUGCCUUCCUCCUCUUCUGUAAACGCCACCGCUCCCUGGUGCGGCAGGAACACCCGCGCUUGGAUAACCGCGGUGCCACCAAGAUCCUGGCUGACUGGUGGGCUGUGCUGGAGCCCAAAGAGAAGCAGAAAUACACUGACAUGGCCAAGGAGUACAAGGAUGCCUUUAUGAAGGCGAACCCGGGCUACAAGUGGUGUCCCACCACCAGCAAACCAGUUAAGAGCCCUUCCUGUCAGCCAGUCAGCAACCCCCGCAAAAAAGUUUGGUCCUUCUCUUCCAACUCAACCAAGGACUCCUCCACUGCCAAAAAAGUGCCCAAAACUGACAGCAUGCCACAGUUAAACUUUGCCAUGGCAGAUCCUACAAAGAUGGGAGGCCUUAGCAUGCUGCUGCUAGCUGGGGAACAUGCCCUCACAAACAGAGAGAUCCCUUCAAGCACUAAACCUAGUUUACCUGACACCGCCAGCGAAGGGAACUCCUUUCCAGGGGACGAGGAAGAGAUGUUGUCUGGGACAAUACCGAACAGGGUGCCUGACCUUACUGAGAGCAGGGUUAAGUGUGCCUCUUCCCCACUGGCAGAGUCAUCUCUCUCCACGUCACCUGAAGGAAAGCCAUGCAGACAGUCUGCUCUCUUCCAGCUUGCUGAGAUGUGCUUAGCGUCUGAAGCUGGAAAGAUGGACAGCGCAGUGUCUCAGCAGCCUGAGGACAGCUCCUCCACAGCCUCUCUCCAGCAAACCACAGUCAAGCCAGAGAUCAAGGAGGAGACACAAGACAGAGACGACUGCCCCCCCUGCUCUCACACAUCAGCCCCCUUACCUUCGCUCUCCCCUGUCACUUCUACCUCCACUGAUGCCAUUCCCUCACAACUCAGCAGCCAAAACGCACGUGUCAAAAACAAGAGCAAGAAGAAAGAGGUGGCCAAGUCAAGCGAUACCGAUGAGAUCCCCUGCUCAGCAAAGAAGAUCGUCAAGAAGUGUAACCUGGCCGAGUCAAACAUGGACAGUGUCUUCAGUACGAUUGAGGCAGUGGCAAAAUGGGCCUGUAACGACACGGAGGAAAAGCCCAAGAACAAGAUCCAGAGCAGUCCUAGUGGUGGGAACUCUGGUGUGCCCAAAAAGAAGAGUAAGCCCAAAGUCAAGACCUUAGUCCAAGACAAAGAGGAGGACAUGGAGGAGGACAGCGGGCAGUGUCGGCAGCACAGUGCCUCUGAGGUGGAAAUGAUGGAAGAGGCGACCGACGUCAGUCCCAAGACGGAGACAGAAGAAGCAGGUAUAAGCACAGAGCUGCAGGGCGGCGUGGUAGAGCCCCACCUCUCCCCCUGCAGCCCUUCCCCUGCUAAACUCAAAGAGGAGGACAAGGGGAAGGAGAGGUCGAGCGAGGGGACCUAUGACUCCAACGCAGAGAGCCACGGCUCCAGGAAGUCAGAGCGGAGCUGUAAAGGAGCCCUGUACAAAACCCUGGUCUCUGAGGGAAUGCUGACUUCACUGAGAGCCAACAUCGACCGAGGUAAAAGAGGUGCUCUCCGUGCCUCUGAUCAUGAUGCAAACUGGAGUGAUGACAGCUGGACAGUUUCUCAGAUAGGACCUAACAACCCCAAGAAGCUGAAGAAGUCCAAGUCCAAAGAAGAAUGUUCACAGGGCCUAGGGAAACUGGAGGAGGAGUUUGAAAGGAAGUUUAACAGCCUGCCACAGUACAGCCCAAUGACAUUUGAUAAGAAAGGGACCGCUGUCACAAAGAAGAAGAAGACAGACAGCCCCGUCGUACAAGAGGAGGUCUCUAAAGCCGGGAAAGGGCCAUCUCCAUCUCAGAAAAAGACUUCAUUCCACAAGAUUGUUAGGAAGCACAAACACAAAAAGGAGAGACCAGGUGCAGUGGACAAAGCAGUGGGACAGAGUGACUCCACCACGCCGGAUUCAGCUUCAAAAGCCAAAUCAUGUGCCCCCGUUGCCAUAAUGUGCCCAGACGUCCAGGGCACCGCUAGUAUGGAGAUGCUAGUUGGUAGCCAGAAGAGGAAGGCCAGGAAGACCAAGAUCACACACUUGGUGCGCACAGCUGACGGCAGUGUGUCUCCGGUCGAGGAGGAUAAAACUAGGGACCUGAACCAGGAAGAGGAUAAGAAGCCAUUACCCCAACAGAAUUUAUGCAAUGAAAAAGGGUGCUACAGUAAUCCCAGAGCAGAGGAGGAAGAGGAGGCAGAGGAGACAGACAGGAGCACCGCACCACAAGAGCUACCUGCUUUCUUCAGCCUGGCAGCCCUCGCUGAGGUAGCAGCCAUGGAAAACGUUCACAGAGGCCAGAGAGGCUUGGCUGAGAAUCCGAAGAAGGAGCUUGCCCAGACUCCAGUCCUCAUCUCCUGCGCUGAUCAGUGAAACUCUGCUGCUGUUCUGAGAAGCCACAUCAUGGACGUUGGCAGUGGAGCUUUACUACCUCCACUGAAGGGAAACUCGAUCAGGAAGCUUUGGACAGACUCCAACUUACCCUUUUGGUGAAUUUGCUUGAGCCGGGGUUCAUGGUGAGGAGAGAGCCCCUCUCUUUCUCCCUGUUCCUCUCUAUCUCAGUGUUUCCCCAGAAAGCCUUCCUUUGGUUUGAGUGAGGAUGCCUUUCUGAACUCCCCUCACCCCCCUUAGAUGCUACGUUUGGGUCCAUAGAAGAACCACGCUGUCCCCCAGUGCAUGGCUUCCCUUAUAGAGAUGGUUUUCAUGGGUUUAUUGUACACCGUUUUGUCAGAUAGAGGCCAUUUUUAAGGUCAGGUCUUGCGAUUUAAGAAAUAAUAGCAUUUUAGGUCAGGCAAAGAACCCAACACUGCAUUGGUUUUCUAGACGAACACAGCUUUCUGUCACCUUUUUACCUCACACACGCCUACUGAAGAGCUCCCUCCACCUCGGGUAGAAUGCCUCUGUAUUUGAAUAGUUCUGAUCCCUUCCAUUCCUUCCAGCUUCGACCCAAAAUGACUUUAACCAGGGUAAAUGAUCAUGAUGGAUAGACUUUCGGUUGACAACCAAUUGCUGAGUGUGUCCCUGUGGUACACUAAUCUACUAAGAAUUCAUGGUUGAGUAUUUGAUAUGUAAGUUAUGAUGCUACUGUAAAACAGUAUGUGGUAGCUACAAAUAAUCAUGUUAGACUGGAUGUGUAAGAGUAGUCCUGUGCAUACUUAGCAUCUGAGCUAGAGCUGAGGGUGUUAGCUGUCCUGCUUAUCCUUUAGUGCUACGUUCACAGUGUCCCUGUCAGGCUUAUGAGACAGUAGGUCAGCUUCAAAACCUCUUUGCGAUGAGGAGGUUGUGUGAAAGUGAUUCAAAUAUAGCCUUAACCCUUCCACCCAGACCCGCCACCCCCACCCAGACCUAGAACCAGCUUAAACGCCAUCACAAUCCUAAAGUCAGUGAAAACAUUUUAAAUAGUGAAAUGCAGUUUUGUCCAUACUUGAUCUUAUUGCAGUUUGCGUAGCAAUUAGUAAGGUUCAUUCCUGGUGUGCAACUUAUUUCCUGGAAUUGGUGUUUUUACUGACCUAAACACUGCACUAAUUUGUAGCUGAAAUUUGAGUUGCUCUUGGAAGGGUAAUAGAAUGCCUUGUCUCCACCAGUCACAGUGUUCUUACACCCCCACGUCCUCAUGACCUGGCCAAAGCCAGCCUCAGCCUCACAAGCUUGUUCAUCAAAGUGGAAUAUUUGUGUCAUGAAUUUGUUUUAUACUAAAUGUCUCAUCAAAUGAGCAAUAUUUAAAAAAAAAAAAUAGCAACAACAACAACAACAAAAAAAUUGUGCGUUAACAAUAACAAAUAAAUGUGCUGAAAUCAAAUGGCUAUGCUAUGGUUUCUCACAGAGCUAAUGGAGACAAGGCAUUUAAUAACAAAUUCCCCUUCUUUGUCUUGUCGGCCUUUUGAGAUUUAAUUGCCAAGUAAUGGUCUACUCAGAGGUCACAUGUAAUCAAUGUUUUCAUUGUUUAGAAGUAUUUAUAUUAUUUAGAUGCAACUCUGUGUUCUUUAUUUUUGGCUUUGUUUUAUUCAUGUUUGGUCAGAAUCAUUCCAUUACCCAUGCCUCUGUCAUGGCCACACGUUUGUUUACAGUGUUACAGCUGUAGGAGUGAGGAAAAUAAGGAAGGAUUCAGUUUGUCAUCUUCCCAAGAAGCUGGAAGAGUUGCCACAGGCAUGGAGGAUAACUGAGAGCUGAUAGCCCUCUCCUCCUUCCCUAGCAGCCUUUUGUUCCUCUGUCUAGACCAUUACUUCAUUUAUCAAAUUUUAGAUUGACAUUUCUUCCUUUUAUAGCUCUUUGUUUUCUAUUUAAUCAUUCUUCUGUUUACGUGUCUGUGUUCAUAAUUCUCUUUUUACUAGGUCUUCUUUAUGCUUUUUCCUGAGGUCAAGUUUACUGGAUUAAGAAUGUUGUCAAAAAAGAUCAAGCUCACAGACGAUGAAUGCAUCUACGCUUACCUGCUAAGCAAACAGGCACUGAGAUAAAAUGCACAGUCUGUAGACAGUGAGCUUGUCUCGUCACUUCUUGGGGUGUGUAUUUGACUGUGACUGCAUCACCGUUUCAUGGAUAUGUGUUAAGACGUGUCCAGAGUAUUUUUGGACACUUAACGACAGGAUAGACAAAUAAGAAAUUAAUGGGUCUUCGAGAACUCGUGCGUUUUUUUCCUAUAUCAGCAUUGUUACAUGGUAAUAAUGAUUUGCUAAUGUAGGCCCUUGUGUGCAAAUAGUACAUUACAUGCAACAAAUCUAUAAUCCCUCUCCAAAUUUGUCCUUAUUAUCUCACAAACUAACUGCAAAUGUUUCCCAGGUAAGCUUAAGGGAACCAUGUUAAUGCUUUACGAUAAUCCUAAUAAUAAAUGGUAUAUCUAUUUUUUCAGAUACGAAAAAAAAGUUACAUUAAGGAUGAUAUCAUCCAAGCAGUAAACUGUAUAGUUCUUCCACUGGUGGACAUCAGUGUAAUUCUUUGCAAAGAAAAAGAUAUUGUCUUCCCCUGAGAUAGAGAUAUAUAUGCUUACAGCAAGUGAGUUUAAUAACAUUUGCCAAAGAAAAGGGAAAGUUAUAUUCAAAUGGAAAUCCUGUUUAAAAAAGAAAAGAAAGAAAGUUGGCAUAACAGUUGCACUGCAUUUCAUGGUGUGUAAAUCUUCAGGUAACAAUAUCAGCACAAUUCAUCAUGUGUAUCCGCUAGGAUUUCCUCGGAGUUUGAGCUCAGAGUUGGAAUGAAGUGCAACAAAAAGGCACCACUCAAUGCCUCUUUUAAUAUACAGUAUUUGCACCUUAUGUCCCAAACCAAAAUGAUCAUGAUCUUUGAAGAAAAUAUAUAAUUUUUACCCACUCUAUGAAAAUUAUGCAUUUUAACUAUUAUAUAUGCGAGAAUCCAGUCAAUAACCAAUCCACACAUCCACCAAACAGCCAUAAUAUACUGUCAUCUCCCAUCCCCUCACUUUUUCUAUCUAGAAAAUGCUUCUAUAAAGUGAAAUUCCUAUAUUAGUUACCUAAAUGACUAUAAUACCCUUUUGUGCUAGUACUGUCUUCUUGAAUGUAAUCAUUUUGUACCUGUAUUUUUCUAAUUCAGUCUUGAUUGUACUGUAUGUAUGCUAUGAUGGUAUACUGUUCCUUAGGUGCAUAGUUCGUUACAACCGACAGUUCUCAUGACAGGACAGCUGCUGUGCUGCGGAACUCAAUGGAAACGUGUGGAGGUUUUAAGUCCAAAAGACUUCCUGUACUGUGUGAGCAUCCAUGAGACUGAUACCUGAGAGAUUCUUGCGUUUUGAGUGGUGGGACAAAAGUUUUCCCUGGUUUUGCUAUUUCUUUUUUUUGUCCUUUGCAGUAGAAGUGAAAGUCUGAUCAGGACAGUUUAUAAAACGAGGACGCUCCUGCAAUCAGAUAGAACAAUUGAAUGCUUGAGUUUCAACUUAUUUAUUACUGUUCCUUUUUAUAGGUUUGGUUGAAUAAAAAUACAAUAAAAUAUACAACUGAAUAUGCAUCCAUUUAUACAUGAACGUGUAUAAGAUAGCCUACCCUUUACUGGAAUGUAGAUCAUGGCUUCCUUUUGUUUCUUUUUUGUGAGGAGGUUACGCCAGAUCUUUAAAGUCUCUUUCCUUUGAUAGUCUGUAUGACCUGUGCUUAAUCUAAUUUAUGCUACUGGUGAUUUUCAUGAUGGAUGAAUUUUUUUGAUUGUUACCGCCCAGUGGUUAAAUGCAGCCUUGCCUUACUGGAACCCCUGCUUAGUGAGGGAUCCCUCAGCCACCUUACCUCCCCUCCCCCUCCCACAACUCCUAUGUCAUAACACUGUUUGCUGAUGCAACUAUUAUUCCUUUUACACUUUCUGCUGACGCAACUAUUACUUCUUGAACACCUAUUAAAAUAACAUCUAUUGCA